CAGUGGAGCAGCCAGCGGACCGACAGGCAGGGAAAGCCCUCAGACAGUGAGUACAGUGUCUCCGGUGAACACCGCCGCUCCGCUCUCUGCUGGCUCCACACCGAGGGCUGCUGCUCUAAACGGACUGAAAAACGCUGAAAGACAGCAAGACAAAGCUGAACCAUUGAUUUGUUUGUAAGGGGGGGACAUGGCUGAUGUAAGUUCUAACGAGUCGUCCACCGGGGAAGUGGCCAAUAGGUUUGCUCGCAAAGGUGCUUUGAGGCAAAAAAACGUCCACGAAGUGAAGAACCACAAAUUCAUAGCCCGGUUCUUCAAGCAGCCGACUUUCUGCAGCCACUGCACCGACUUCAUCUGGGGGUUCGGAAAACAAGGAUUCCAGUGCCAAGUUUGCUGCUUUGUGGUCCACAAGAGGUGCCAUGAAUUAGUCACAUUCAGCUGCCCUGGGGCAGAUAAGGGGCCCGAUACAGACGAUCCCAGAACGAAGCACAAGUUCAAGAUCCACACCUAUGGGAGCCCCACCUUCUGUGACCACUGUGGCUCCCUGCUCUAUGGCCUUAUCCACCAGGGCAUGAAGUGUGACUCCUGCGAUAUGAAUGUCCAUAAUCAGUGUGUGAUGAACGUGCCCAGCAUGUGUGGAACCGAUCACACCGAAAGGAGGGGCCGUCUGUUCCUCAAGUGUGAGGUCACUGACGACAAGCUGCAGGUCACAGAAAGCCAAGCUAGGCCCAGGUAAGAAGAUGAUCAGCCAGACGGACGACGGCCGCUCCAGCCCACAGCCUUUCACCAGCAUGAACCAGGUCAAACUUAGCGACUUCUCCUUCCUGGCUGUGCUCGGGAAAGGGAGCUUCGGCAAGGUCAUGCUGGCAGAAAUGAAGGGCACUGAAGAGCUGUUCGCAAUAAAGAUCCUGAAGAAGGACGUGGUGAUUCAGGACGAUGAUGUUGAAUGUACCAUGGUGGAGAAGAGAGUCCUGGCCCAGCAGGACAAGCCACCCUUCCUCACCCACCUCCACUCGUGCUUCCAGACUGUGGACCGUCUGUACUUUGUCAUGGAGUAUGUGACCGGAGGAGACCUCAUGUACCAUAUCCAACAAGUGGGCAAGUUCAAGGAACCUCAGGCAGUGUUCUAUGCAGCUGAGAUUGCUGCUGGUCUCUUCUUCCUGCAUCUUAAAGGAGUCAUCUACAGAGAUCUGAAGUUGGACAAUGUGAUGCUGGACUCUGAGGGACACAUUAAAAUUGCUGACUUUGGCAUGUGUAAAGAGAACAUGUCAGAAGGAGUGACCACACGCACCUUCUGCGGGACUCCAGACUACAUUGCUCCAGAGAUCAUUGCAUAUCAGCCAUAUGGACGCUCUGUAGACUGGUGGGCUUAUGGAGUCCUGCUCUACGAAAUGCUGGCAGGACAGCCACCGUUUGAUGGCGAGGAUGAAGAUGAGUUGUUCCAGUCCAUUAUGGAGCACAACGUGUCCUACCCCAAGUCUAUGUCCAAAGAAGCUGUCUCCAUCUGCAAAGGACUGAUGACCAAGCACCCAUCCAAGCGUUUGGGCUGCAGCACUGAAGGAGAGAGAGACAUCAGAGAGCACGCCUUCUUCCGUCGCAUCGACUGGGAGCGCCUGGAGAACAGGGAGAUUCAGCCGCCCUUCAAGCCAAAAUCGUGUGGCAAAGGAGCAGAGAACUUUGACAAGUUCUUCACACGCACCCAGCCCCAGCUCACACCUCCAGAUGAGCUGGUCAUCGCCAACAUCGACCAGGCCGAGUUUUCUGGGUUCUCUUUCAUCAACCCGCAGUUUGUGCAACCGGUGGUCAUUAACAGCAUAUGAGAAGGAAGGGGAGACCUCCCUGAAGAACUUCCAUGCUCACUGCCACCUACUUAAAGCAACUGCCAAUAUACCGUCUGACCACAACUUGAUCAAGGCCCUCUGUAAUCCUUUAUGUAUUACUUUUAUUUUAAGCAUCACUCUGGGGCAUGCAUUUUUUGUUCUCUACAAUGUAUAUGCCAGUAUAGAUUAGAUUGGUUCUGAGCCAUCAAAAUAAUGUAUUUACUUCAGGUUAGUGAUGAGCAUGUACUGUAGACAAGGGGGUCUUUCUCUACAGCUGCAAUCUGUAUUGAAGGUUACCCAAUCAGGAGACAGAAGAGUGUCUGGCUUAAUUUAUCUCUGCCAGUAUAUGAUGACAUUUAAAGAUGAAAUUAGACGUGGGUUAAAAUAGGAUUAGAUGGCAUUUAAGGCAUGGAUUCUUUACUGGACUUAUUCUGGAAAAGGUUAGAUGCUUACAAACAUCAAUAGAUAACAUUAUGGUCUACAGAUCUAGUUGCUUGGUCACGAUUUACUUCCAUAAGGAUAACUAUCACAAUAUAGAUACAAUGUAAUGACCCGAAAUACACUCACAUGGGGCAGUGCAGACACUAUAGCCAAAUAUGAAGGACAGGUGGAGCAGGCGUUGAAACAGCUCCUCGAGAUUCAAUGUUUCCUGUAUCGUGUUUACAGUUUUCUUCCCUUUUGAUUUCCUUGUGAUAGUAUACAUUUAUAUUUGACUACAAUUAGAUUUUUAGUGUGCGUAGCAAAGAAUCCACUAAAGAAUGAACAGUUGCGUAAUUAGAUAAUAUGCAGCCUGUAAAAUAAUCAAUUAUGUCAGACACAUAGGUAUGAAAGUGUGACAGGCUUUGUUUUCAUUCUUAAUCUUCUUAGCUUAACCUCAUUUUACCUGCUUUUUAAAAUGACUAAUGAAUCGUUUUGCCCUGACCGUAGCUGCAAAUUGUAUACUUGCAUUGUCAAUAAUUCUGUGGACACUAUGUGGACAGACAAUAAUCUGGUUAGUUUGCGGGUAGCGGUAGAAAGUUAAUAUACCUUGGGUAAAAAAACCUGAAACGUUUACAGUUUGUCAAGAUUUAACACAGUGUUAACCACUGUCUCUAUCCCAUAUCUACAAAGCCCCCCCCCCCAUUGGUCUUAAAUGUCCCAACAUUUUGCUAAACUGUUAUUUGUUUGUAGAACAUAACAUAUCAUUGUGUGCUACCCAUCUAAUGUUAUAUCGCAUACAGUCUCAUGCUUCCAAGCAUAGAUAAAACACAUGGUUAGUUUUCGAUACAGAAGAUGCAAAUCUAUUGGAGCAUUUCCUCUGACACUGCUUUGUCGUCCUAAGAACAGACACAAUCUUCAUUUGGAGAUUGUCAGCAUAAUCGUGUUUAGAUAAAUCCAUUUGUUGCAUCCCUUUUAUUAUCAUUUAUGUAUUCAAAAAUGUAAUGUACUUUACUCUCCUCUUCUUUUGUGGUCUCAGACAUAUUUUCCCAUUAGAUCAGAUUACAAUCUGUAUAGUAUCAUUGCAUAACCCCUUUGUAAAUAAUCAUUAGUUAUUCAAAAGAGUAUAGAGAGUUACAAUUUUUUAUACCAACACCCGAAUGUGCUUUUAUUACAUUAAUUAUAUAUACCAAUAUUUGUAUAUCUAAAGAAAAAGUAACCCAGUACAGAUCAACUUUGUAACAGCUGGAUGUCUUUAAAAGAGUCCAGAUUUAACAAGUUGUGUAAUAGAUCGGUUCUACUUGUUUUUUCCAGAUUAAUCAAAACGUUAAUUUUAUUUAUUCAUAUUCAAUGGUUUCGACUGCAGAUUGUCUGUUUGUUGGAAGCGUGUCUGGCCGUUGACUGUCCUUCUGUAUCUGCAUGCUCUUAGUAGGCAUUAUUCACGCACGUUAUCCGCUAGACGCAUGCUACGAAGUAUAAAACAUCUACGAGUUACAGAACAACCCCAAAGUAAUGCUCCACUCAAAACCUUUAGAGGUAAGAGUCUCCAACUGAACUCUCAAAAGAUUGCAAACAGUUAAACCUAUGGGAGGUGAAUCGUUAAUACACAAAAGAUAGAUUUUAGGUGAAGUAACACUGGUUGCAAAGCUACAGAUUGGCAAAUGUGGUCAAUACAAAAGCCACAGUCAGGUACCUUAAGAGUGCUGAUCUUAGACCAGCCAGAAUUAUGAACAGGUGAUUGCCGUAGUUUGUAACUUCACGCGUCAAGUUUAAAUAACACAUUCUUGCAACAUUUACAGUGAUUUUGCCAAAAAUAAUACAGAUCUCCAGUGAAGAGGGAGUCAACAUUUAUUAAAGAUUAUCAAUCUCCGUAAAUAGAUACUAAUACUAAAAUCUAUUUUUAAAUGACUUUCCUAAAACAUAGUCCUUGAUUCUAGAUAUGUGUUUUUUUCUGUGGAAGCUUGAUGUAUGUUCAUUUGUAUGGCCCCUGUUCCUUUUUGCCUUUACCUUUCUUAAGGCGAUGUGGCAUCCAGAUCUGGGCGAGUUCUGAGUCAGACUCACUGCUCGUUGCUAAUUCUGUGAAUCCACUCGUUUUAUGUAAUAAUCUUAAUGUUGUGUUGAUGUCACUUUAAUUUUGCUUUUAAUGUUUGUUGUUGCUGUCAGUGUUGUCAAUUUUAUUUCUCUAGCUUCUGCUCAGACAUUCAGGAAUGUUUCAAAGGAUAUAUCCCAUUAUAAAACUCAUAUCUAAAUGCGAUAGAUAGGAAGCGUUUGUAAUAGUGUAUCCAUGUUUUUCUAAGAGUUGUGCUCUCCUACCUUGUUUCCUUUUUUGCAUGUGCCAAACCUGGAAAAUGCCAGAACCCGACAAUAGCAGCGUUGCACUAGCUGUAGUCACAUGGAUGACUUCUUCUUUGUGGCAGCUUCUCCCUGUUUGGGCUGAGACCUGCCUAAAGCCACCUGCUGUACACUCUGUUGGCCACACAUCAUAUAGCAUGCUGCCAUGAGUGCACAUUGUGUCAGUACGCUUUACAAUGCCAGUCAGUUUGAUAAAGGACUCCUCAUACACGCUAGUAGAUUUGACUUCCUCUCUAGCCUUGGGCAGAAUUGUGUCCGGAAAACAUUUAAUUUAACAUCUGCCGUGAAUUUCACAAGUGUGAGAGAAAAUAUACCUUGUACAUACAGACACAUCCUUGUCUAACUUGAACCUCUAUGUGCUCACUUAAUAGACCCAUCCCUUUAAUAGAAUCUCUGAUUACUUGCUUCCCAAACUUCAUUGUGUAAUGUAUUAAAAAGUCACAGUCAGUGUGGGCAUGAAACAAAGACUACUUACUCUCCCCGUGUGUGCCUUUCCCGACUUCAACAGAUAUACCGCACAUCAUCUUCAUCAUCCUGAACUCUCUACUGUUUACUCCAUACCUUUACUCCACUUGCUGUAUUUUUAAGAAGCCUUGUUAAUUUGCUCGGUCUUUACCUUGUGUUAUGCCAUGUAAGUGUUUCAGCACAUCUCCCAGAUGAAUCAAUGUGAAUAAGUCAAAAAGAGGGGAAAAAACAUUGCACGCUUGGUUUACAUAAAUGUUCCAUGAUCUGGUCUGUAAAUCUGAAUUUGAAGCACAUUUGUUUUGACUGACGCCAACAACUUUACAGCCAUAAAAAAAACUACAACUUGACUUCUCCUCCUGUGUCUGCCUGCUUUACCUUUACCUCCCUGUGCCUAUUAAUGACUGAAUUAUGUAGUGACUUCAUUCAUAUGUAUCGACAAUAUCAAAGGUUGAUCAUGGGGAGCGAUGGAACAAUGAACAGGUGAUUGACGGGGAUUAGAUCAAUUAGCGAAAGAUAAGAUGGUGAUGGCUUGUUUGAAGGAUGACCCCUGUGCCUCGUCCUAUAUGAACCGACCCCCCCAUGUAUUUUCUUGUACGCCCUCUUUCUCUCUACUUGUUGCUCCUUCCACAGUGCCUGGGCCAAGUCAACCCGUCACAUUAUCGACAGUGCUCCUCCUUUCACCCUUUAAAUCCCUUCAGGUCAGGAAAGUAGUCGCUUUUUCUCGUUCUAUUCACUCUAAAUCACCAUUUCUGCGCUCUACUGGGAAAGGAGAUAGCCAAAUGUAUUUCACUUUGUUUACAAUGUAUUAGAUGUCCUCACCUUUUUGUUUUUAUUUUAAUUAAUAAGGAUUAACUUUCUAAUGUAAAGGUUUUAAGAGAGAGGGAUUUUUUUAUCUUGAAUUGGCAUUUCUUACUAUUCUCCUUUUCGGUACAUGUUUCCUUCAAAUGUCUUUAUUUGUUGUUGUAGUUUGUCAUUGCUCCAUUGUCUCCUGUUUGCUGUGUAAUCAGAGAGUUGAGGUGAGCUUUCAUCGUUUUGGAUUUACAGAGGAUCAGUGAUGUGCAGGAAUGCCUUUUCCCUUAGCCCAUACAGUAACAUGGCCUCUAAUUCUCCCGUCGUGCUUCAUUAGGUAUCUCAGCACCCCUGUCUUUGUACAUAAUUGACUUACAGUAGAUACAUAGACUGUAAAAGAAAGAAUAUAUUGUAUUUUGCAAAUGGUGUAUGUUUGUUUCCUUCCCUGUCAGCCUGAAACCUUUAAAACUGAGUCUGAGCUUCUUACCUUGUAACUAAAUGUGUCAUUUGUACCUAAUGUAUGAUAAUGCAAAUAAAAAUAAAAGGAAAAUUAAUGUA